ACAUAAACAAUUAAAAUAAUAAUAACACACUCUCUCUCUCUCUUCUCUCUCUGUACAUUUAUACUUUUUCUUUCUCUCUCUUCCAUGGUGGAACACCGAGGACUCAAACUCGCCGGAAAAACGAAGAAGAUCGGAAAAUCUAUCGCAAAAUCUAGCAUCUGUGAAUAGCUGAAUUCGUUCUAGAAGAAAGAAAAAUGCCGUUAUCGAAGUACCUUAUACGGAACGAGUACAGCUUGGCGGAUCCCGAGCUGUACCGCGCCGCCGAUAAAGAUGAUCCCGAAGCUCUUCUCGAAGCCGUCGCCAUGGCUGGGCUCGUUGGACUGUUGCGCCAGCUCGGCGACCUCGCUGAGUUUGCUGCUGAGAUUUUCCAUGAUUUACAUGAAGAAGUAAUGGCUACUGCUUCAAGAGGCCACAGUCUUACAGCUCGUGUUAAACAGCUUGAGGCUGAAGUUCCUUCACUUGAAAAGGCCUUUUUCUCUCAAACUCACCAUUCAUCAUUUUUUACUAAUGGAGGGAUUGAUUGGCAUUCCAAUCUUCAGUCUGAACAAAACCUUGUUACUGGCGGAAACCUACCUAGAUUGAUAAUGGAUUCCUAUGAAGAAUGCCGCGGUCCCCCAAGACUGUUCCUUCUGGACAAGUUUGACGUGGCUGGGGCUGGGGCAUGUCUGAAGCGGUAUACUGAUCCAUCAUUCUUUAAAAUGGAGUCAACUUCUUCUGUAAGAGCAACUGUACAAGUACACAGGGAAAGAAGAAUUCGUAAAGUCAAGCAGAAGAAAGGAGCACGGCUAAGAGACGGUGAAGCUCCUAAUGCUGUACCAACACAUUCAAAAUUACAUCAGCUGCUUCUCGAGGAACGUAUUGAGAAUGGUUAUAGUAAUCCAGCGCGCCUAGUGAAGUUGAAGAAAAGACAAUUGAAUGGACCUGCAGUUGAAGCGAAAUCUGGGAAAAGUUACAUGGAGAAAUUUCUAGAAACUCCCUCGCCUGAUCCGAAAAUGAUUUAUGAAACUUCAAUCUUUCCACUGCCUGUGACACCGGCACCAGACGAUUCUAGCGAAACAGGGAUUAAAAUUCUUGAAAUCAGUAGCAUUAAAAAGUCAGUUGGAGAUGAAAACUCUUGUUCACCCCCUUAUGAGCAGGAAUUUGAACUUAACCAGUUUCCUGAAGAGGUUGGUGAGGCAAAUGGAGAUCUUGUGAUGGUGAAAGAACAAAUCUCAGUGGGUGUAAGAGAUGGAAUGUCUUUUAAUGAUGUCAAGGUGUCUGAUGAAACAGAACUGGCAAUCAUUGAACAUAAGAAAAUAGAAGGCAUCUUAGAAAGGUACAACUCUGAUGAUGUGACCAGUGAGGUUGACAACUACAUGGAUGCUUUAACUACCAUGGAGUCAGAAUUGGAAACAGACGAUGAGUAUAAACCUAAGAAAAGCUUCUUGAAUAUUAAAAAGGCAACAGAUAUCAAUAAUAAAGAACGUCAACUACAAGCUCGAUUGUCAGAUUCUCAAUCAUUUGGAGGCUCUUCAACAUCUGAUGACAUUAGCUCAUUCAAACAAGAGACAAAUGAGGAAGAUAUUGAAGUGAAAGCUCGGUUAUCAGAUUCUCACUCAACUGGAACCUCCUCGACAUCAGACAAUAAUAGCUCAUUCAGAGGAGAUAAAGACGAGCAUGUGGAACUGCAAGCUCACUUUUCAGAUUCUCAAUCAACUGGAAAAUCCUCUACGUCAAAUGUAAAUAGUUCUUCCCUGAAAGAUAAAUCUCAUUUCCUUCACUCUGAUUCAUUGAGCACAGUGGGUGAAAAUAUACAAUCAGAACCUAUUUUAUUCUCAACUACUAAAUAUCAUGAAGUAGAGAUUGAAGGCAUGCCAUCCAACCAGCUUCCAGAAAUUGUUGAGUUUCAAAAUACAGAUAAUAGUAAGUUUGUCAUGCGUGAUGAUACCCAUGUUCAUGAAGUAGGGGUUUCUGACUCUCGGCUAACGAAUUCUGAGCCGUUGACUUCAGUAAAGAUGUUGUGUUCUGAUCUUGAACCUAUCAAACCAGUGACGCUACCUGCAGUGACUCAGUCAGAUGAAAGCGUUUCUGACAAUGUUGAGCUUAAUAUAAAAUUAGGCAAUGGUGCAGACAGAUCAGGUCUUGUUGAAUCUGUUGCUUCCAAACCUUCUUCUCCCUCCCUUAUAAAAGAUGAUACGUGCACUGUGUACUCUUCUGAUAAAAUUUCAUCGGACAACUUGGUUGAUGAUUCCCUUUGUAAUGAUUCACAAGAAGGUUCCCUUUGUCCAUCCAUCAAAGAAUUAGACUUGAAUUUAGGUGAUGAAAUAAAUGGAUUCAGCAGCAGUGUUGAUCCAAUUGAAGGUGAUGGUCAUAUUGAAAAUCCUUCUUAUAAUCAAGUGAUGGUAAAUGGUGCGAUCACUGAAAUUGUUGAGUCAAAAGAUCAACCCAUUCCUUCUGUUGUUAGUGCUGAAAAUGAUGCGGGUAUCAUUACUUGUCCAGCUUCAAGUAUGAUUUGUUCUCCUUCAAGAAGCCUUCCGAAUCCGCAAGAACUAGUCCACGCUUCUUCAGACUCUUAUCCAAUGGAAUCUAAUGAAGUGGAAUUGACUCAAAUUUCAACGGACUCAAAUACAGAUACGAGCGAUAGUCAAUUGGCACCACUGUCAGAUCCAAAUGAGAAAGAGACAGAAGACCAUGAGGUAGUUGCUAGAGAAUCUUUGACAGCACUAGAGGGACAGAAGGCUGCGGGUCACCCAGAACUUGUUUCUUCAGAUGUACAGAUGAACCUUAACAAAUCGGUGCCUUGUGCUCUUCCAGAUUUGGAAAAUAAUACUGAAAAGUCACCUACUAGGCGUGUUUUUCAGGAUGAUGCAAAAAUGGUGCCUGGAUUUUCUAGGUUUGAACCCCGGCAGUCAGAAUCUACUAGUUAUGGCCAGAACAAUCUUAUACAGAAUGACAGAAAUAGUUUUUCAUCUACACCUGAUGACAAGUUGGAGUCUGAAACUUAUUUUGAGCCACACUUACAAUCUCAACUUGAUGAACAGGAUGGAGAGUUUCCGCUCAAAUAUGAGGAAAACUUUGCCUCUGAGAAAUCUCAAUCUCAGCAGAUGCAUAUAAAUCAAUUGAAGCAAGAAGACACUCAUGCUACUUCUGAAUCUGUCUCAGAAACCCCUGCGGAUGAAUCACCAUCAUAUUAUUCUUCACCACAGUCAUCUGGCCUAGAAACUAACCAUACACAAUAUGUCACAGAUCCAUUGAAGCCCGUUCUCCCUCACCUCUUUCCUAAGGAAACUGAAAACAAACUUAAUGAGAUGCCACCCAUGCCUCCUCUUCCUCCUAUGCAAUGGAGAAUGGGCAAGGUUCCAUAUGCUUCCGGAGAUUCACAUAGAGAGGAGUUAGAAGUGCAUCCGGCUUCAGGUCAACGAAUGCAGCCAGUUAUGCCCGAUACCAAGUCUCAAUUUGGUUUUACAUCUUCUGAUGGAGAUACCAUAUUUCAUCAGAAUCCAUUUAUGCCAAUCAUGGCUUUGGAAAGUGAUAAGCUCCGACAUUCUUCUGCCGUAGGUGUCUCAGGUCAUCCAGUGGCUUUACCUUUUCAAUUUCCUAUUGUGGUUAAUGAAGCAAAUGGUCAGUAUAAUUACCUAGUGCUGGACAGAAACCAAAUUCAGAACCCCUUAUUAACUCUGCCCAUGGUACCUACGACCAUGCAUCCGCCACUUGGUUACAUUGUUGCUUCUGAUGGAGAAAUGGUACAUACUUCAAAUCCUUAUGCACCAAUACUACCUGCUGCAUAUACUGCAACUGGACAUGAUUCCACAUCUCCACAAGUGGAACCAUUUCAACAUCCAACUCAAGUAAUGACAGAGACUAGCGCAGAGGAUAAAACACUUGAGCAGCCUAUGCAUAAUGUAGUGUGUAGGGACGGGCCUUCAAACAGUCGUGUUAUUGCUUCCGAUGGAGAAAUGGUACAUAAUUCAAACCCAUUCCUUCCAGAACUUCCUGUCGAAGGUGCUAACUCAGGACAUGAUUCCAUCUCUCCUAUAGAAAAAGUGAGUGAAUCUCCUAGUCAAUUAAUGGCAGAGACUAGUUCAGAUGAUACAACACCUCCGAAGCCUAUGAGUGAUGUUAUACCUAUGGACAGUCACAUUGUCAUUUCUGAAGAAAAAAUGGUACAAAACUUUAACCCAGGCCCUCCUGUAAUAUCAGCCGAUUCUGCUGUUUCUGAAGAUGAUUCCAUCUCUCCGCACGAAAAACUAACUCAACCUCCAAGUCAGUUACUGAGGGAGACUAGUUUGGAAGUUAAAACACCUAAUCAUUCUAUAAGGAAUGUAGAAGGGGAACAGGAACGAUUGGGUAUUUCACUCACCUUGCCACCAAACAUGGAAAGUGUAGAGCAAAAUCAAAGUUUCCAGCCCUUUGAGGGGGAAAUGUCGUCCUGGGGUUCAUCUACUCAAACAUCAGAUUUUGAGAAUGAAAGAACAAAUGUAAAACCAAAGCAUAAGAUUCCUCGUCCUCGGAAUCCUCUAAUUGAUGCUGUUGCUGCUCACGACAAAAGCAAGCUUAGGAGGGCUACUGAACGGGUUAUGCCUCAAAUAGCACCAAACGUAGAUGAAAGAGAUUCAUGGUUAGAACAGAUAAGAACAAAGUCCUUCAACUUGAAACCUGCUGUGGCUAAACGACCUAGCAUUCAAGGUCCAAAAACAAAUAUGAAGCUUGCUGCCAUCUUGGAGAAAGCUAAUUCAAUUCGCCAGGCUUUGGCUGGAAGUGAUGAAGAUGAUGAUGACGAUAGUUGGAGCGAUUCUUAAAUAUACUCUGGAAAGUGUUCUCAGCUGGUGGAUAUUUUGAUGCCGUCUUUGAACCAGGUCUAAAAAGUCAUUCUCCCAUGAGUAGGAAAUCUCCAUGAAGUCAUUCUAGCUCUUAUAUGACUCCAAAUAUAUACCCUCCUCUUGAUUCUCUUCACAUAUUUAUGCAUGAAAACUGGUCCUAGCAUGCAAAUUAGCAUCAACGCGGAUCCGUUUUCAGAGGUGAAUUCACUUCACUCGAGAAAGACAAAAGUCUCAGCGUGCAAGCGCUGUACUAGUCCAGAUCAAUCCAUCAACAAAUACCCCCAUGUAUACCCUUCAUAUAAGCUUGUGUAUAGUUAGAUGUAUUUGUCAUGAAUAUCCAAUUUUGAAACUCUGUAGUAUAGGGUUUCGUGAUGAUUGACCCACUUGUUGUAGUCCAUCAAUGUCCAGUGUAGCAAAAUCAUUUUUAGUGUGCAGUUUCUAGCAUUACCUUUGUUCAUUUAUACGCUCUUUUUAUGAAUAUUGUUGUCAUGUUUGAACAAGAAUAUUGGAAUCAUGGCAGUGGUAAAUAAAGGGGAUAAAGAUGUCAAAUGCCUA